AACCUGCGACAUCGCUCACAUGCAAAAUUAUAGACGUCUGCCUAGCGAGGAGGAAGCGGACUCUUCAUUUCCGGAGCGCCUGGUUCCUCUGGAGUUAGAACAAGAGAAAUCUGCAUUAUCCAGAAACUUGGUAUGGCUGGUGGUCGCAUGUGCCUUGUGUACGGUUGCCAAUAUCGCCGCUACGGGUAUAAACAUGCGUCUUCAUGCUGUUGAGCCAAAGUUCGGGACUCCCCACACCCUGAAGACUAUUCGGAGGCCGAAUCAAUUUAUCGGCCUGGAUAAAGUCGAGCGGGGACAGGUCACAUAUACUCCAUUUGCUAAUUAUCCGGCACUCCUCACACAAGUCGACGCCUCCAAUCCAAACUACGUUUAUUCCGAUGACCCUCUCAGGUGGAAAACGUCUCGGGGCUCUAUCUCCCCGGACGACCGCCGCGUGCUCCUGACCGCGACAGUCUCCACCAUUGCACAGUUCCGUAUCCUGGACUAUGGGAUGGAACGAUGUGAGUUGAUGGUGCAGGUGGCAGCCGAUCAGACCUUAGGGCCUGAAUCAUCCAUGCGUCUAUCCGAGUCCUUCGCGAACUCCAGUAAGCCGGAGCCGGGUUGCAUCAGUGUUUGGAGACUGGAUGCACCUGAACCUCUGGAUCCCAAGAGGUUGUGGUGGCGUAACAAGCCCACGCGAAUCAGCCAGGUUGCAGCAUUUGAUCCGCAGGUGGACCCGCCAUCUGUGUACCGUUUUGACUGCGUACAAGAUUCACUUCAUUCCUUCGAGAUUGUCGCUGAAGAUGAGUCGUGUUAUAUGGAGUGGUGGCAAGAUAAAGGGACAUCUACUUCGGCAAUAUAUCUGCAGCAGUCAAUGAGUGUUUGAUAUGGAAUGCACUUGUUCACUAUUACCGGU